GAUCGUGAAAACAAGAGGAAAAGGCAAGAGAAGAAGGAAAACCUAAGGGAAGAGAGUGCAGGAAGCCAUGGCAAGAGCUUGAGGAAUCCAACCGUGAAUUAAGAUUGAAGUAGCGGCUUAAGUGAUCGGUGAGGAUGGCUUGUAAAGUCAUGUCUUUAGUUUUAGUAAAUAGGUGUCGGUGUCAUGCUCUGAGACUUGUAACACUGGGAAACGCUUGAUUGAGAGUCGUUUACGCUCUAUUAUUUCAGUUUGAUUGUUUGGAUAAUUAUUUCUUUUGAAAUUAAGGCAUGUGACCUUAUGAAUAGUAUUUUAUAUGGUUUUAAGAAUUAUCCAAAGUUUGUUUAAUUUCCGCUGUGAUAAACAUGAAUUUUAUUCCAAUCAAAUGUUGUUUAUCGGUAGAGAAUGACCAUGAAUGUAGAAUUUUAUUUAAAUGAAUUGUGACGCCCUUUUAUUCAUGUUUAACUCUGAUUUUGUACUAUGUUUUUUUCGGGGUAUUUAGAAGGGUGUUACAGAAAAGGGUUUAGACUUUGUACCUCAACCAAACGUCACAAAAGCCAAAGCCAUUAUUUGGCAAAAUCAAAUGCUGAUUCCUUUUCAAAUCACUGACAAGUUAAUGGAUUUCCCAGGGCCUCUUCUAGAUCUUCGUUCUCAACCAAGAAAGGUUAUAGAUUUAUUUCCUUCAUUCAACAUUACUAUGCUAGUGGCAUUUGAAAAACAACGCCCUCUCGACCUGAAGUUCAUGGAUCCUUCAGUGAGAGUCUUUCAUUCGACUCCUUCUCCUGGCAACAAGGAUUUUUUAGCCUGGCUAAACAAAGUUCAAGCGAAGAAACAACAAAGGUGGGAAGAGUUGGGCAUCUUCGACGCCAUUCAAUUAAGCAGGAAUGGUCAUAGGGUUAAUUCCUCUAUGCUGCUUGCUUCAAUAUUCUUCUGUGAAGGUUCGACAAACACCUUUCACUUUCCUUGUGGGAUGAUGACUCCCACUCUUUUCGACGUGGCUGCUAUUACAGGACUUUCGCCUUUGGGUGAAGUCUUCGACCCAACUCUCCCGACGGAGAUGAACUUUAAUUUUGAAAAUGCCACCGUUACCAAAUAUAUGCAAGAUCAUCAUGACAAAUCUACAGUCGAAGUCUCUGAUGAGGAACAUGUUGCUUUCCUUACCUACUGGCUUUCUUAUUUUUUAUUCUGUCCAGGAUUUGUUCAAAUAGCCAAAGCCUACAUACCUAUGGCUAUUCAGAUUCAUGAAGGUCGAAAGAUUUCGUUAAGUAAGCUUUUACUUGCCUGUCUUUAUCAUAAUUUAGGUAUAGCUUCCCUAAGAAUAAAAUGCCUUCAUGAAACUCCAAAGCAAUUGGCUUUGUCGGGCCCUUACUGGCUCUUGCAACAUUGGUUGAAUGCUACUUUUGAAUCACAAAUUGGCUACACUAUCUCUCAAGCCAUCAUGGAAGUCACGCAUGACCGAAGGGUCGAAGGUGUCAAACUUGCAUUGCAAACUCCUCAAGGUGAGCCAAAUAGACCAAACCUUCUAAAAUAUGUGAAACUCUUUUCUGAGUGUAACACUUUUUUAGCUUCUAUGACCCCUUUCUCUAGUCGAUGCUUUGGGCCAGAUUGGUGUAGAGCCAUUUUUCCUGGAAAUACCCCAACUCUUCGAGCUCAGCUGAAUGCCAUCUGGGCUGCUUUCCUAACUCCAACACUUUUAUCACACUGCAUUGAGUCGAGUGGUAAAUGUUAUGGAUUCGUGAGCUAUCAACCAAAUCUGGUCUCUCGACAAUUUGGCUUAAGCCAAAUGUUACCAAAACGUUUGUACACCCAUGAGGCUGACAUCUGUUGGUCUGGUCGACCAUUCAGUUCUCUAACCAUGUCAACUGUUUGAAAUUUCAUAACAAACAGUCUUUAGAACUUCCCACCUUUAGCUUCCAAAAUUCUUAUUUUACUACCAAAGAAUUCAAUGACUGGUGGUCUGCUUAUUGCAAGCUAUAUGAUAAAGAUUUUUCAUCAAGAAAUUGAAUACUGCCUACGACAAGCUGGAGGAUCAACUAUCCAUAAGUAAGCAUUCCAUAUCUCAAUUUACUUUUUAUCAAAACUCACAAUUUCCUGACUUGUUUCUUCAGAUCUCUCAGGUAAUGAUCCUGUUAAUCAAAUCGAAGUACCUGUUGCCAAACUAGGUCGAAAGCGUCCCAGCACAUCAAACACCACCACCACCAAAAGAACCAAAGUUGUAAGAAAGGUACUAUUCGACCUUUAUCUCUUUAAUCAAUAUAUCAAUUUUGACAUAUUAAUUAAUUAUUUAUUUUUCUUUAGUUGGUAGUUAAUGAUGAUUCGGAAGAAGAGACUACCUCUCCUCCAGAUCAAGGAGGUGAAAUCUUCUCACGACCUCCCCUUCCGACCCCAGCCAAGAAGCGAAAAAUCAUCAAAAAGAUUCCUAAGGUUGUUAUUCGAACACAAACAAAUCCAACCUCAUCUCAAGUUCCUCCUGAGGUAAUUUUCAGUAUCGACUCUUGAUAUACCUCUUAUCUAGUAUUACGCUCUAAUAUGUCUCUUUUUCAGCAAUCUGCACCGACUGCAAUCUUACUCAAGAAAAGAUUGUCGAAGCCGCUCCUGAAUCUUGUGGUCUUCCUAGCCCUCAAAGAACUGAUGCUUUUGGAAGUGCCACUGAUUCGACCAAUACUCCUGGGCAAACUGGGCCGACUGCAACAGUGGUUCCUCCUCCAGAUCCCAACAAAGAUAACAUCCACCCAAUAGCUGAAGCUGCUGAUCUCAAUCUUAACACAAAAACCAACAUCCCGACUUCUCAAUCAAAUAUUCAAUAGCAUACUCUCAUCGAAGAUAACAACUCU